ACUAUCUCAAAUACUGCCAGUCAUCAACAUCAACAAGAGCAGGAAAUGUUGAGCGGAUUUGCUAUCCCCAAUCCCCCAAUUUCCACCCAACAAUCAAGCGUAAUAGCUGCCGAUAAAGAUUCCAUAGAUUCAAACCAUUUGCAAUCUUCAAAUCAAAAUAAUUCUCAAAUCGAUUCUCCUCGUACUCUAUGGAUGGGUGACUUAGAUCCUUGGUUAGAUGAAAAUGGAAUUGCCGAUUUAUGGUGGACUAUUUUAAAUAAAAAAGUUUCGGUUAAAAUUAUUAAACCAAGAAUUUCAAAACCCGAUAUGGAUUAUUUGGGAUUAUCUCAUUCUGGUUAUUGUUUUGUUGAAUUUGAAUCUUUUGAUGAUGCUCAACAAGCUCUUAGCUUAAAUGGUAAAUUAUUACCAGAUAUUGCCAUGCCUUCUCAACAACAAUUUCCUAAAAAUCCUGAUAAUCAAAAAAAAUAUUUUAGAUUGAAUUGGGCUAGUGGUGCUACUUUAACUGCUCCAAUUAUUCAAACCCCAGAAUAUUCAUUAUUUGUUGGAGAUUUAUCUGCUUCAACUACUGAAGCUCAUUUACUAGCAUUUUUCCAAAAAAAAUUUCCAACUUCAAUUAAAACUGUUCGAGUAAUGACUGAUCCUGUUUCUGGGAAAUCCCGUUGUUUUGGUUUCGUUCGUUUUACUGAUGAACUGGAAAGACAAAAAGCUUUAAUUGAAAUGAAUGGUGCUUGGUUUGGCGGUAGACCUUUAAGAGUUGCUUUAGCUACCCCAAGAAAUAAUUCUAAUCAAAAUAAUAGUCUUCAAAAUCAUUCUCAAUUUCAAAAUCAAAAUCAUCAUUCUCAUCAUCCAAAUGGCCAUUUUCGUAAUCAUACCCCUAAUUCUUUAACUCCUGGUAAUCCUUCUCAAGGUAUUUUUUCUCCAAAUAAUAGAAAUAAUCCAAAUUUUUAUAAUGAUCCAAAUCAAUCAGACUUGAUGUUUUUACCUUCUCAUUCUGCUCAUCCUCCUCCUCCAUCAGCCUUGGCUAAUUCACCUUAUGGAACAUUACAAGGUAAUUCUCAAGGUCAACCAUUUACAGACCCUAAGAACACCACUGUUUUCGUGGGUGGAUUAUCAUCUGAAGUUUCAGAACAAACAUUAUUUACAUUAUUUAAACCUUUUGGUCUUAUACAACAGGUCAAAAUACCACCGGGAAAAAAUUGUGGAUUCAUUAAAUAUGAUACUAGAGAAGAAGCCGAAGAAGCAAUUGGAGCAAUGCAAGGUUUUAUUAUUGGUGGUAAUCGAAUUAGGUUAAGUUGGGGUAGAGUUUCAAUGAAUAAUAAGAAAUAUCAACAACAACAACAACAAGUGGCCCAAGCUGCUCAAAUACAAGCAGCAGCAGCUUUAUCUAUGGGGAUGGAUCCUGCUAGUGCCAUUGCCGCCGCUGCGGCAGCAGCAGCAGGGGGAUAUCCA